AAAAAUAAUGUCAUAGUUAUAUUUUUAUGGUUAUUUGAAUUAAAGAAAAUCAAAUUUAAUCAAAUUUCGAUAUUUUACUUUUAAUAUCUGUAAAUAAUUUAUUUUAUUUAAUGAAUAAAUGGAGCCGUAAAUUUUUAAAAUAAUUGUUUAAUUAAUGAAAUCUUUUUAAUAUUAAUUAUUUUCUCUGCAUAUUUUUCAUGGAUAAAAAACAAACAAUCGAUUAGAAAUGUCAACCUUAAAUUUUUUGUUGUUUAAAAAAAUGUUCGAGUAAAAUUUUAAUGAAGGUGAAAGGAUUAAAAAUAAAUUUCUAUUAAAAUAAAAUUAAUCAUUGAAUUCUACACGAAUAAUUAAUAUUCCAAGUUUUGAAAAAGUGUGAAAGCAAAAAUUAAAAACAAUGAGAAUUCGAGGUCGAAGGAAAAUUGAACAAGGUGGUGGAUUUUUGCCGAUUGGUCGAUUUGCAUGCUCAAUUUGCGACCACUCUAUAAUGGGGAGUUCUGUCUAUGUGAUUAUGUUGGGCCUGAUUGGGACCAUAAUCACUGCCUAUGAUAUAAUUCGAAUUAUGAAUAAUAUACAACCAAAAUCACCACCACGAUCUGGAGAAGAUAAAAAAAAUGUUCCAGUGGAUGUCGAAAGAGAUUUGAAAUUAAUGACUUGCAUUCUCGCAAUCGAACAUUAUUCUCUUAUUAUGCUUGGAGCAAUAACAGACUAUCCAAUGUUACACACUCCAUGGCUACUGAUGCAAUUAUGCAUUAUGAUUGUGGAAAUUAUAGUAUUUUUCGUUCGACUAUUUUUAGAUGGGCUUCAUGUAAAAAGAGAUGAAAUAUUUUUGGCAAUAUGGUCACUACAUAAUUGGCUUCAAGUUUUUUGUUUAUUUCAUCGACAAGCACGAAGUCCAAUAAACUGACUCUUUAUUAGAAGAACCCUAAUAAAUUUCAAAACAAAAAUUUCCUAAUUUUUGAGAAAAUUCAAAAAAAUAUUACAGAAUAUUGUUAAAUUUUUUAUAAAUGUUUAAAUUCAUUCGAAAGUCAUAAAUUUAAAAAACAUUUGUACUGUUUUAAAAGUGAUGUAUUAAUAAUAAAUAAAAAAAAAUAUAUAUCAA